GUAAACAGUUUGGUUAUUUAGAGUUAUUUACAUGUCAUUGUACAAAUGAUAAUGAUUGUAAUUCUGAUGGUAGUUGUCAGAGUAAUGGAUGUGCUAGGGGGUGGUAUGGUUCUACUUGUCAAAAACAGAAUGUUGCAUUAGGGAAACCAGCGUCUCAAGUAUCACAAUACGAUAAGUUUGGACCUGAACUAGCAGUAGAUGGUGAUAGAUCACAAAAUUAUUAUAGAUGUACGAAUACUGGUUAUAAUAAUAAUUCAUGGUGGAGUGUAAACUUAAUAGAUACCUAUCCUAUUAGACAAAUACAUAUUUUAUAUAGACGUGGAGAUUAUCUGACUUAUCCUGGAGAUACUGAUAAUUCUACCGAUGAGUGUUUUAUAUCAAGUGACUGUACACAAGGUAAAUAUAAUAUAGUGAGUACAGUAUAUAAUAAUAUUAAUAGUAGAUAUUAUAUUGAUGGUUGUCAACCGGGUUUUAUAUCAAUUGACUGUACACAAGGUAAAUAUAAUAUAGUGAGUAUAGUAUAUAAUAAUAUUAAUGGUAGAUAUUAUAUUGAUGGUUGUCAACCAGGUUUUAUAUCAAUUGACUGUACACAAGGUUUUAUAUCAAUUGACUGUACACAAGGUAAAUUUAAUAUAGUGAGUACAGUAUAUAAUAAUGUUAAUGUUAGAUAUCAUAUUGAUGGUUGUCAACCAGGUUUUAUAUCAACUGACUGUACACAUGGUAAAUAUAAUACAGUGAAUACAGCAUAUAAUAAUAUUAAUGGUAGAUAUUAUAAUGAUGGUUGUAAACCAGGUUUUAUAUCAAUUGACUGUACACAAGAAUGCCCCGAAGCCUCUUACGGCAAAGAGUGUUCGAAAAUGUGUACAGAUAGAAAUUGUUUACAGAGUCAAACUUGUGACAGUAUGAAUGGCACUUGUGUUGAUGGUUGUAAACCAGGUUUUAUAUCAAUUGACUGUACACAAGGUUUUAUAUCAAUUGACUGUACACAAGGUAAAUAUAAUAUAAUGAGUACAGUAUAUAAUAAUAUCAAUGAUAGAUAUUAUAUUGAUUGUUGUAAACCAGGUUUUAUAUCAACUGACUGUAAACAAGAUAAAUAUAAUAUA